UUGUUUCAGAAGAUGGCGCGUGAUAGCAAAGAUUGAGCAAGUCUGAUGUGAUUUUAAUGAUCUAUAUCUAUCUGUCUAUCUGUCCUUUACCUAUCUAUUUAUCAAUCUCUUGUUAUCUUUUUCUCUGUCAUUUUAUCAGUAUUUUAACGACUGGAGCUGCAAAAUCAUCGCUACACACACACACACACACACACACAGAUAAUACUACUGAUAAGAUUGCCACCAGCACCAGUUACUUUCAAUGACAGUUUCUCUAAGGAAUUGAAAUGAGAGUGAAAACAGACAAGAAUGGCAGUAACGUGGAAUAUAAUGCCUCUCUUCCCUCUGCUGUCAGCCCUGCUCAUGCCCCUCACCUUCUUCAUCACGUACGCGUGGUCUGUGGCACUGGGGCACGUCGAGCCUGUGUUUCCCUACAUCAGCUCCACUGGUGCCUACCCACCUGAGAGCAACUUCUUCUCCUUCAUGCUGGACAUUAUCUCUGUGCUAAUGGCAGUGACAGUGUGGGCCAGACACAAGCAGGUGCUGGGCCACUACAACCAGACCCUCGUGUGCAAGGACCUCGAGAAAACCAGCAGGAUUGCCACUCUCUUCGGCCUCUCCUCUGCAUUUGGGCUUUUUCUCGUUGGAAACUUUCAGUCCAGCACCAUCACAACUGUCCACCUAAUUGGGGCUGUUCUGGCAUUUGGCUUAGGAACGGUCUAUCAGUGGUUGCAGAGCUGGAUGUCAGUGUGCCUAUCGCCGCAUGUGAACAGCCGUGGCGUAAUGGUGGUGCGUUUCAUUUGCUCGGCAAUGGCAACGCUCUUGAUCAUCACUACUGUUGUGUUCUCCGUCCUUCAUGACGUGGCCAAUCAGGGCAAAGAAGUUGCUUACUGGGCACAGAACAAAGCAUGGUGGCAGGCAGAGGGCCGGAAGAAAUGGAGUUACCACGUCCUAGCUACGUCCUCAGAGUGGGUGCUUGCUUUCACGUUCGUCGCCAUGCUGCUGACGCUUGUUCCAGAGUUCAAGAGGAUGUCCUUCCAUGGGGUCAAGAUGCAUUAUGACAGGGAUAGACGACAGGUCAGGGAGAUAGAUGGGGCCAGGUCAACCGAGGCCAUUGUUGCCAGCAGCAGCAGGAGCCAGGAAAGCACUGCCCUAUAAUGUCGCUCCUUCGCCUUCACCAGUAAAGAAAGGAGCACAAAGGAAGUGCAAGCAGCAGCAGAUCUAUUGGCCCUUACAAAACAAGCUUAAUUUUUUUUAUUAUUUAUUUAUUUAUUUUUUUUACGUAGGCACCAGCCACUCAUGUAUGUAUGUACAUAUGCAUGUUAUUAUUUUCUUUUGAUAUUUUGUUUUGUUUAUAUAUAUAUAUAUAUAUUGUUUUGUUAAUAAAUUAUAUGGAUUCA